CAGUGGGGGAGGAGCCGGAGGAGCAGAUAGCUGUGAUCCUGUACAGAGAUGAGCCAGGCUGCAGUGUGAAAAACCACUGACAUUUGGGCAGCUAGAGCUCUGAAAACAAGAUUGGAUAAUGAGACGACUGGUGAGGCGUUGCUUGGGUUCUAACUGUGUGUGAAACGAAACCUAUGCACUCUGUCUGGAUUCUUCAGCAGAGAGAAUCGGGGAAAUAAGCUUACUCUGUCACUAGAAGACGGAAAAAUCUCAAACUAUGGCAAGGACUGAAGAAGAAAAAGCCGCUGCAAAUUGUCACUUAAAAGGCAAAGCCGUGUGCUUCCUGGUUGUCCUGAUUCUUAUCCUGCUGUCUGUGAUAACCGUAUUGGCCGUCCAAGUCCGCCCUGUCAGGAAUACUGAUGAUAAACGGAUAACAGAUGAUGAACGGAUAACAGAUGAUGAACGGAUAACAGAUGAUGAACGGAUAACUAAUAUAAGUGAAGCCAGGAACCAGAUCUGUGCCCCAUGUGAAGAUGACUGGAUCUGGUACAGGGGAAAGUGCUACUACUUCUCUAAACAACGUGAUACAUGGAACAACAGCCAGGAAUUCUGUAUCUCACAUAAUGCAUCACUGGCGCUUAUAGAUAAUCAGGAGGAACUGGAUUUUUUGCUCUGGGUUAAGGGUUUAGACAAUCACUGGAUCGGUCUGAGACGUACAGAAGAUAAUAAAGCCUGGAUUUGGACCAAUGGAACAUUAUACAACGAAAGCCUAUUCUAUAUCCAAAGAUCAUCACAAGAAAAUGUUGAAUGUGUUUCAUUAAUUCACGAUCGUGUAAGAAGUAACACUGGAACUAUUUACUACAGAUGGAUAUGUAACAAGUAGAUUCUUGCACGUGACCAUGUGCCCUCCGAGAGAAGGCCUUAUGCAUAAUGAGAUUGAUGAAAAAAGAAGGCCAUCUUUCUACCGAAGAAUCGUUUUUCUAUCAACAAAUGAACCAACUUCAUUCAGAUACAGCUAAACAACCACUAAUCCUUGUAAUAGUUGGACACUUAUUGUUCUGUGGCGGUCUCAGCAGUCAUCUCAUUAUUACAACAGGCAGGAUUAUGGGUAGCAUGGUGGCUAAGUGGUUAGCACUGGUGCCUUUCAGCGCUGGGGUGCUAGGUUUGAAUCUGAGCGAGGACAACAUGCAUGGAGUUUGUAGACAGUGCUGAUAGGGAGCUUUUAGAUUGUGGGCCCCAUUGGGGGAGAGUAAAGAUAAUGCCUGUAAAGUAGUGCAAUAUAAGGGCGCAAAAUAAAUAAAUUACAGAUAAUGCAAGAUGACAAUAGUGGAUGGUCACCGCUGUCAAUUAAUGGCUUUUAUUAUUAUUAUUAUUAGUAGUAGUAGUAUUAUCAUCUGUUAUCAAAAUGUCAGUAUUUGGAGUAUUACUUUUUUUGUCUUCUUAAAAUAUAAGCUGUUUUCACAAAAAAAAUAAUGUAAACUGAAAUUAACAUUUUGUAUCAAAUAUAAAAUUUCAUAAAGUUGACAAAUACCUUUCAAGUAUUAAAGAAAGCAAAGCAGUACCCGAAA